CCGCUCAACUGCAUGUGCGAAUUGCGACUGCAGUGGCUGAAAACCGAACGACAGCAUCGAAAUACCGCUCUCAUCUAACAAUGCAAACAGGCAGAAGCUCGGCAAGAUUCGGAGGGCAAACCCAAACCGAUCGAGAAAAACGGUCUUAUUAUUGUUGUGCAGCUGCCAGCAUGGGAUGCAAGGAUGAGGCUGCAAUUGAUCAUGGCGCCUUCUCGAACCUCGAUCCAUCCCCAGUUCUCAAGGUGCCCCUUAUUUAAAGAGGAACCGACCAUGACCCUCAUCAAUAGCCAUUCCAAGUUUUCGAUAACGUUAGUAAUUGCCUUCCCAUCGCAAGCCCCUGGGUUUUUAGUGUGUGGAUUACUGCAUUGCCUAUAAGCUAUACUUCUUGACUCAGUCACGGAUCAAAGGCUGCAGGGUGGAUGCGUCUGGCUUCUGGGUAU